CUGAACUCACUGCGCUGCUUGAUCUCAAGUCUUUCAUGUUACGGGAUGUUACACCCUCGCGGGAUCCUUCGCCUCUGAUAAUUAUAUUACACGCAGUUCAACAAUCGAUUAAGAUAAAUUAAUUAAUCAAGGACUCAGAGAGCUGCACUUCUACACACCUUUGAGCAGCAGUAUGAUGCAGGCAGGAGUCUGUCUGAGACAGGACACUGAGACAACCCUACCAGAGCUCACUGAGCAGCACAGGAUCAGACUGAAAGAAGAGGAACUCAGUGGACUGGAGUCAGAGACAGAGACAGAGAGUGCUGCACCAGGACUAAACACACUGGAGCCAGAGUGUGUUACAGCACACAGCGGGGAGAUGCACUUCUGCACACCUUUGAGCAGCAGUAUGAUGCAGGCAGGAGUCUGUCUGAGACAGGACGCUGAGACAACACUACCAGAGCUCACUGAGCAGCACAGGAUCAGACUGAAAGAAGAGGAACUCAGUGGACUGGAGUCAGAGACAGAAUGUGCUGCACCAGGACUCAACACACUGGAGCCAGAGUGUGUUACAGCACACAGCGGGGUCAGUGAUGUACACCAGACAGACACAUCAUGGAUAAAAACAGAAGCCGAUCUGGGCUCCACCCACACUGGGGAUCUUAUUAAGACGGAGAGCCCUGAAAGGACAGAGCUGGGAUAUGUGACCCAUCUGCAUCCUGACCAAAUCAAAACAGAGGCUGAUGAUGGAGGACACUAUAAGGUGGAACCCAUCACAAGAAGUUGUCACAAGAAGGUUCUUUCAAAUGAAAAGGCCUACAAAUGUGCUCAGUGUGGGAAGGGUUUUUUUAGCAAACCUAGUUUAAAUAUGCACCUGAGAAUUCAUAUGGAUGAAAAGCCCUGUAAAUGUACUCAGUGUGGGAAGUGCUUUUCUCGAAUGUAUUUUUUAAAUCGCCACUUGAAAAGUCAUAGCAGUAAAAAAUUGUGGAAAUGUACACAGUGUGAGAAGAGUUUUACUGGCCAAUCUAAUUUCGCUAGACACCUGAGAAUUCAUACAGGUGAAAAGCCCUACGUAUGUUCUCAGUGUGGGAAGUGCUUUUCUAGAAAAUCUCAUUUGACUGCCCACCAGAGAAUUCACACUGGUGAAAGGCCCUACACAUGUACUCUGUGUGGGAAAUGUUUUCAUACCAGAUCUCCGCUAACUUAUCACCUGAGAAUUCACACAGGAGAAAAGCCCUACAAAUGUACUCACUGUGGGAAGUGUUUUUCCCAGAUAAGUGCUUUAAAUUACCACAAGAAGGUUCAUUUAUAAGAAAAGCCCUACAAAUGCCCUCAGUGUGGUGAGUACCUUUCCCAGAAAAAUGCAUUUAAUUGCCACAGGAUUAUUCAUACAGGUGAAAAGCCCAACAAAUGUACUCAGUGUGGGAAAUGCUUUUCCAGAGUAUCUAAUUUAAAUCGCCACCUGAGAAGUCAUGGAGGUGAAAAGCCCUAUAAUUUGCGUAGUCCAUGUGAGAUAUGUUUUCUUAGAAAAUCCCAUUUUAAUACUGAGUCACAUAUUCAUACAGAUGAAAGUUUAUACAUUUGCGAUCAGUGUGGGAAGUGUUUUGAAUACAAGAUAUUAUUUUGAUAUAUUCCUGAAAAUGUCACCAGACAAAGUGCAGAAACCGUUUUGGAAGCCUGAUUGAAAGGCCCUCCUAAUGUAUUCAUUGUGUGAAGUGGUUUUUCCCACAAACAAGCGCUUUCAGUUCCCAGAAAAAUGUAUUAAAAGUGAUUCACGUAUAAUUGGUGCAAGGAAUGUCAGUCUUGCAUCAAUUAAAUACUUUCAAAUGCUUUCGAAUUUUAUAAAUGUGAGGAAUCAUAAACACAAUAGUUCUUCAUGUUCAUUAAAAAAAUAAUGCACAUGGAAAAAGUGGUUCCCCUUGUAGGCGGAUUUUCCAAGUUGACAUCAUUGUAAACUCUGGAUAUACUGUGGAAAGAAAAUGAAAAGAGAAUGUAUUCUGGAAGAUGUUCUUGCCGGGAACAUUAUUAAAAUUCAGUGGUACUCAUGCCGGUUUUCGCUAUUGUAAUCGUCGUCAUCAAUAAUAUUAGCACGACAUUUCACAAUUUGUUAUUUUACAUUUCUGACUGCUGGUUGGCAUAUAGAUCAUUUGUAUACAAAUAACAAUAAAAUUAUCCCUCAAGCCUG